CUUUUUUCGUUUAGUGUGCUGGUCUUUGGGUAACUCUAAUGGUCCUCUUCCAGUCCCCAAAUUCAAAAAGAGUUUCUCUGCUAUAUAUUAGCGUCAUGUCAAUUAUCAUCAAUAUUCCUAGAACAAAGGGGGCGUUGGCGUGCAAGAUUAGACGACAGAGCAAAGUAGAUUACAAGGUUGAGUAAAGAUUUGGUAUUAUUUUAUCGAGAGCAAAGAGGUUGAGUAAAGGUUGAGUAAAGAUUACAAGAGGAAGAUGAGACUCCCAUGAAACCCAUGCUUUGCCUCAAUAGCAAGAGCAGCCUAGAUAUCAAAAGCAUCAAAGAAGUGGAGGACUGCUUCAUCUUGGACUUCGACCCAUUUGAGUCCAUCGACCUUACCAAGCUCUCCUUAAACAUUAAUCCAUCUGAUGCUUUUGCUGCUUCUGAUGGCACUAGUGAUCUCUGUGUCAUUGCAGAAAAGGGCCAGGUGGCUUGUAGAGAUUAUCCGCAUUCAAGGCAUCUCUGUGUGGACCUUCCCUUUGAGACAACUCCUCAUGAGAACUACUGUAAGCUGUGUUUCUGUUACGUUUGCGAUUCCGCAGCCCCUUGCAAGUAUUGGACGGAUCUCGAGCUAGCACAUUGCAAUGCUUCAGAGCAUGUUGGAGAUUGGACAUACCAAAGGAAGUUGAGGAAACAGACAUCAGCUGAGUUCAAAUAAAAUUGUUCUUAAUUAUUUGUGUCGUACCUUACAGAGUAAUAUUAUUUUGUUACUAGGCUGUUAAAAGGAUGCUUAGAAUUUAACCUCUGGGUACUUUAGGUAGGUUUCUGAUUCCUACAGAAGUCAUCAUUUAAGGCAGAACAUAUGAGAGUUUUGGAAUGUUCAUGUGACAUGUAGAUAUUCUUAGAUAUAUAAGAUGGAGAGAUUUAGUGCCAAA